AUGCACCUUAUCCUCACCGGCGCAACUGGCCUGGUCGGCUCGUCCGUCCUGGACGCCAUGAUCAAGAUGAAGGACGUCACCAAGAUCUCCAUCCUCAGCAGGAGACCGAUCCCCAUGGUAGACGACGCCAGAGACCCCCGGAUCAAUGUAAUUAUUCACAGAGAUUUCGACAAGUAUGAGCCCGACGUGCUCGACAAGUUGAAGGGCGCAAAUGGCGUCGUCUGGGCGCUGGGCAUCAGCCAGAACAAGGUCACCAAGGAGGAAUACGUAAAAAUCACAAAAGACUACACACUGGCAGCGGCAAAGGCCUUUGCAACACUGCCGCCCAACAACGAGCCCUUCCGCUUCGUCUACGUCUCCGGCGAGGGCGCCACCCAGAAGCCCGGCAUGUUCAGCGCCAUCUUCGCCCGCGUCAAGGGCGAGACGGAGACCCUCCUCUCCGAGAUGCGCGCCGCCAACCCCCGCCUGCAGACCGAGGCCAUCCGCCCGGCCUUCGUGGACGCCCAGAAGCACACAGCCAUCAAGCAGUACAUCCCGGACCCCGGCAUGGUGUACAACGCGGCCAACGUGAUGAUUGGCCCGCUGACGAGGGCGCUGGUGCCGUCUUUUGUGAGUCCGACCGAGUACCUGGGCAAGUUCAUGACGGAGAUGGCGAUGGGGAAGCAUGAUGCGAGCUUGGCGGCUGGAGGACAGGGGAUUAUCACGCUGAACGGGGGGUUGAGGAUUGUUGAGAACAUUGGCUUCAGGAGGUUGGCGGGGCUGUCGCCUAAAGAUGCGCAGGGCGUCAAGGUCCCCGCUGCAUAG